AUGUUCCGCACCUCCUCUCGCCCCCUCUGGCAACUUGCCGCGAGAGCUUCACCUAGAACUUCUCUACCCCGCGCAUCAAUUGCACCUCUACUACGCCAGCAACGAGCUGUCUACUCGAGCAAAUCCGACCAAGAGAAUCCACCUCCUCCGAAGCAACCCAUUGACUAUGAAGCCGAGCGUAAACGUGGACAGGAGCUUCUCCAGUCUGACCCUAAUCAUGUAUCGAGCAAGAGCUCACUCUCCAAUACAGCCGGAGUCCAAGGGCCUCCCAAGGAGGAGGGCAUGACCAACGAGCUCAAGCACGAUAUUGGUAUCGUGAAAGACACCUUUACAUUUACAGACGUACCCCGCGAGUCGCGCAUCCUCGGUCUUGCCGGUACACUUCCUUACCUUGGAACAUCACUUUCGACUGUCUUUCUAGCUUGGGACUUGAACAAGGAGAUUCCCACAGGCAAUGCUUUCUACGAUGCCAUCAUGGUUGACCACGAGACUGCCAAGUACCUGUUGAGUGUCAUUGAGCCUCUCCAGCUCGGAUACGGUGCUGUCAUUAUCUCUUUCCUCGGAGCCAUCCACUGGGGUCUCGAGUACGCCGAGAAGUCACCAUCUCUUCAACGAACCCGUUUCCGUUACGGCAUGGGUCUCGCCUCCUCAGUCAUUGCGUGGCCCACUGUGAUGCUCCCUGUCGAGUACGCUCUCACUACUCAAUUCAUGGCUUUCGUCGGUCUCUACUUUGCCGAUUCUCGCGCCGCGACCAAGGGCUGGGCGCCUCGCUGGUACGGAUCCUACCGCUUCCUCCUCACAGCCAUGGUCGGAUUUGCAAUCUUCAUUUCGCUCAUUGGCCGAGCCAAGAUCAAGCAGGGAGAUGCUAUUACAGCUCAAGGUCUAAGCAGAAACUUCUCCCGAGAUGGCAUCGCAGACCACGAGACCGAUUGGUCAAAGCUUGAGGAAAAGGAGAAGGAGCGUCAGCGCAAGAAGAAGGCUGAAGAAGAGAAGAAGGCCAAGGAGGCUGAGAAGAAGAAGAAGGAAGAGGAAAAGAAGAAGGGUAAGAAGGGUGGUAACAAGGAGAAGAAGAGUGAUGACAAGGCCAAGGCUUCCGAGGAAGGUGGUGACAAGAAGUCCGAGGACAAGAAGGGUGAGGACAAGGACGAGGGUAAGGAGUCCGAGUCCGAGUCUAAGGGAGAUGAUGAGUCUGAGUCCAAGGACGAUGACAAGAAGGCCGAGUCUAAGGAUGAGGGUAAGGAUGAGGGUAAGGAUGAGGGUAAGGAUGAGGGGUCCAAGGAAGAGUCAUCUGACAAGCAGAAGGACGAGUCUGAGAACAAGGACUCGGAGGAAGAGUCUGACAAGAAGGAAGACAAGGACGAGGAUAAGAAGGACGACAAGGAGGAAGAGAAGAAGGAUGGCAAGUCUGAGGAUAAGAAGGACGACUCCAAGGAUAAGAAGGAUGACUCCAAGGACGACUCCAAGAAGGAUGACUCCAAGGACGACUCCAAGAAGGAUAAGAAGGAGUAA